UAAAUUACGCGCCAAAACCGGAAGUUGCAUCUGAGCCACACCGAGGUAGGACUGAAUUGAAUAAGCAAGUUCAAAAAGUAUUAUCAGUUAGUAGUAGUUGUGUGAAUGAUCAAAUUUUAUUAGAAAUACACGAGCUAAAUAAGGAAACAUUAUAAUAAGGUUAACUUGGGAAACAUGCAACAGAAUCAGACUGACCUUGGAGAUGGGAUACCUACAUUCAAAUGUGUUCUCGUUGGUGAUGGUGGAACAGGAAAAACAACGUUUGUGAAGAGACAUCUGACAGGCGAAUUUGAAAAAAAAUAUGUUGCUACUCUAGGUGUUGAAGUUCAUCCAUUGUUAUUUCACACAAACCGUGGUCCAGUCAGGUUUAACGUGUGGGACACGGCAGGACAAGAAAAAUUUGGAGGCUUACGUGAUGGGUACUACAUUCAGGGUCAGUGUGCCGUUAUCAUGUUUGAUGUAACAUCAAGGGUCACUUAUAAAAAUGUUCCUAACUGGCAUAGAGAUUUGGUACGAGUUUGUGAAAACAUACCCAUCGUCCUUUGUGGAAAUAAAGUAGACAUCAAAGACAGAAAGGUUAAAGCAAAAUCAAUCGUGUUCCACAGAAAAAAGAACCUUCAGUAUUAUGACAUCAGUGCUAAAAGCAACUACAACUUCGAAAAGCCUUUUCUGUGGUUGGCUAGGAAGUUAAUUGGAGAUCCAAAUCUAGAAUUUGUGGCUAUGCCGGCCCUUGCCCCACCAGAGGUUGCCAUGGAUCCAGAAUGGCAGGCUAAACUGGAGAAUGAAAUGAAGGAGGCUCAGAAUACUUCUUUGCCUGAUGAUGAUGAUGAUGACUUAUGAAGAUUGAAUCUGUUCUAGAUUAUGUAAUCUUUGAAAGAAUGUAUCUAAAUUUUGUCAAACUACUAAUUGAAAAAAGUUGCAUGCAUUGCUUUGUCGUUUGUACAGAAGCCAUUAAAAUUCUUUUAAAUUAGAUCCUUUUUUGUAAAAAAUCACCUUUUUGUGUGCCCAUGGUCUUGCUGCAAAGUAGCAUACAGAUCAGCUAUAAAAUAAUCUUGUAGCAUUUCUUCUGUUGAACAAAACCGUGUUGUUGUUACCUAGCACAAUGUUUAAUCAGAACUUUAGUUAUAUCAAUAAAAUAAACCUUGAAGUAUUUACCUUAUGAUAACCACAGUAUACAAUGAUUUUGGUAUGUGAUAAGUUCAUAGUGUUUUCAUUAUUGAUUAAAUCUGCUUCUCACAGUUUCCUCGAACAGAUUUAAUAUUUUACUUAACUUUGUAGUAGUUAUUUCACUGAAGUCAAUAAAAAUACAAUUUUCAACAAA